CGUCUACAGUUUAAGUCCACAUCACAGAAAACUUCCCAUCAACCAGCAAGAUGUGCAUUCACAAACGCAUGAUCUUCACUGAGUGCGGCCAUAGCCGCUGGGGCAAGGAAGUAAAAGCCUGUGAUCAAGAACUUGCCUUUAGGAUAUCUCCAACCACAUCCGUCUCUUGCGACACAAUGUAUGGCCAUCCAAUGCAUACUAUCAAGAUCGGUCAGAUUUGCAAAACAUGUGAAACCAAGAGAGGUAACACGGAUAGAACUGCGGAAAAGUUGAAGGAGGCAUUGAAGGAUAUCAGGGAAAGUGUUGAGAGAAUGGAGAAGAUGCAAGAAAUGUUUGUGACUGAAAACAAAGCAUCAAUUGAUGCCGAUUUUGACGAUGUGGCGGCCUUGGAAUCAUGGGAUUAAGUCAGAUCUCUGGUAGGUCCCGCAAUCUUGAAACCCUGUCAGAUCUCUGGUAGAUCUUGUAAGAUAGAGAAGAGUCGAUAACACCGCAGGUCCCAUGUCUUGCUGAGCAAUACAAAAUACAUUGAACAGAAAUA